AUGAACAAAAGGACAGAGAUACGGUGGGUCUCAGAAGAGGAAUCGGCCUGCCCCUCCUGCUUGGGGUGGGGGCAUCAUGGGAUCGGGGCACUGAGUCGGAGGAACUGGUGGGGACCCCGGGUCACCGGGUCUCAUCUGGGGCACCCCCUGCGCCAGCGGAGCCCCGCUGCUCUCUGACCCGAGUGUGGGGGAUGGCACCCAGCCCUGCCCAGGCAGCCGCGUCAGUCAGCCACCUGGGCACCUGGCCGGCCCUGCCUGGUCUUCCCUGCAGUGCAGGUGAGGGGUGAGUCGUUUGCCACCAAGUGGCAGGACCCACAUGACAAGCAGUCACUGGGGGCCUGAUUCACAGCUUUCCAGGAAGUGGUUAACGGGAUCCCAGAGCCCGGGGCUUGAUGAGGUCUCCUGGCUGAGUCACGGUGGCCCCUGGAGGAAGGAGCCGUUACUGAGCCUCUCUGGGCAGCCCCCUUCUCCCCAAGGCCCUAGGACCCCACCAAGACCCCUUAUCCUAGCCUUCAGCUGCUGCAGGCCCAGGCCCCAGGCCUUCCCUUCAGCACCCAAACUGGGGGACUUUCGCAAUGUCAGCUCCGCUGGCCUAGACCUCUGGGUCCAGGCUCUGCUCCUCCAGAUGGUAGAUCCGGGGCCCACAGCUGGAGCCAGGGUCCUGAGCUCCCAAACCGGAUCCCUGAGUCCACUGCUCCAGGGCAGAGGGAGGGGUCUCAGCUAGAGCCCCCAGUCCCCUUAGCGGCUCAUUUCCUCCCAGCAGUCCCACCCCUCCUGUGACCUAUAGCCUGGGGUGGCAGGGACUGAGCCACUCACUCAGUUGGGGGACUGGUCCAACGGCAUUCCACCUCCCAGGAUAAAACCUCGGGUGACCUGUAGGGAACUCCACACACCCCGUCACAGGCAGGACUGCUCUCCCAGCCGUGCCCGUGCCCCUGCUGGCCAUGCUAGUUUCCAGAGCUCCCCCAGCCCUGGGUGGGGGCGGUCUCAGGAUCUUAACCCCACUGUUGCUUCUGGCUUCUUCAGCUUCCCUCCAUGCUGCCAGGAUACCUGCUCCCCCGACCUGUGGGAAGCCCCAGCGGCUGAACCGGAUCGUGGGUGGUGAGGACAGCACCGAUGCCGAGUGGCCCUGGGUCGUGAGCAUCCAGAAGAACGGGACCCACCACUGUGCGGGCUCGCUGCUCACCAGCCGCUGGGUGGUCACCGCCGCCCACUGCUUCAAGGGCAAUCUGAACAACCCAUCCCAGUUCUCUGUGCUGCUGGGGGCCUGGCGGCUGGGGAACCCUGGCCCGAGGUCCCAGGAGGUGGGUAUCGCCUGGGUUCGGUCCCACCCCGUGUACUCCUGGAGAGAGGGCUCCCGUGCGGACAUCGCCCUGGUGCACCUGGAGCACUCCAUCCGCUUCUCUGAGCGAGUCCUGCCCAUCUGCCUGCCUGAUUCCUCCGUCCGCCUCUCUCCGAACACACGCUGCUGGAUCGCAGGCUGGGGGAGCAUCCGUGACGGAGUGCCCCUGCCCCAACCCCAGACCCUGCAGAAACUGGAGGUUCCCAUCAUCGACUCAGAAAUCUGCGGCCGCUUGUACUGGAGGGGGGCAGGGCAGGGGGCCAUCACCGAGGACAUGCUGUGUGCGGGCUACCUGGAGGGGCAGCGAGAUGCCUGUCUGGGUGACUCUGGAGGCCCCCUCAUGUGCCAGGUGGAGGGCACGUGGCUGCUGGCGGGCAUCAUCAGCUGGGGUGAGGGCUGCGCAGAGCGCGAUCGGCCCGGCGUCUACAUCAGCCUGGCCGCCCACCGCUCCUGGGUGAUGCGGAUCGUGCAGGGGGUGCAGCUCCGCGGGCAUUCGCAGAGGAGUGGGCCCUCCCCGGGCCGCGGGCCCUCCGCGGGCGGCGCGCCUUAGGAUCCAGGGAGAUGGGCGGCCACCAUUGUAAGUGAGCCACCUGCCUCCGGGGGGCGCCCGCGUGCCGGCACCGCCGCCUCUGCAGCGAGGCCCCGCCCCGCCCGCGGGAGCACCUUUCUAUGUGUAUAUAUGUUAACGAUUUUUAUAGUUAUUUGUAGCCCUGCCCGCAUAUCUUAUUUAUUCUAAUUUCAAUAAAUUAUUUAUUCCCCUGCUCCUGUUUUUCCAGGUGUGGGGACAUUGGGAAGCAGGGGUACACUUGGGAUUAAAAUGGGGCAGAUGGGUGUGACUCUGUGGUGGCCCCGCCAGGGACCAGGUGUCCUGUGCACCUGUGUUUCAGUAUUCCGACCCCCGGCCUUUGCACUUCUUUCCUAUGCCCCCCUCCCACCGGAAGGCCACAGAGAGAGGAGGCGGGAGGCCCAGCGGGCUGCAGGGCCAGUCCAGGCCCCCAGCCUGCCUGUUGGGUUUCCAAAACUGGGCUAGCGAGGAAAAACCCGCCCAUAUGAGAGUGGGGUGUCCCCUCCCUUCCCUGAGAGCCAGGUCUCCCGGAUUUGGGCUGAGGCAACCAGGGCCUCUGCACCCCCAGGAGCUGACUCAGGAGUGACUCACUGCUGAUUCUGUGAGUAGUCCUACAAGGAUGGAGCAAAACAAUGAGAUGGGAGGUCGCUAAGCCUGGUGACACGGUGGGCUAGAGUCACCUGGCCUGAGCCCACGGCAGGUGGGGGAGCAAGUCCUGGGCCACAGAGGG